CCUUCUCUGCAUACUCAAUUUCUUUCCUCAAAGAAAGUACAAAAAAUUUAAGAAUUUUUUCAAGAAAUUAUUAGAAAUGGAGGCAAUGAAGAUUAAGCAAUUUUUUGCUAUGAUGGUUGUGGCCAUGAUGAUGGCAGCAUCAAGUGUUUCAGCUGCAGAUUCAUCACCAGCUCCAAGUCCUACAUCUGAUGCUACCACCCUUUUUGUGCCAACAAUUAUUGCUUCCUUUGUUGCUCUUGUGUAUGGACUUCUUUUCUAAACUUAUGAACAAUGGAUUUAGAGGAUUAGUUUAAAUUGUUGUUUUAUUUCUUCUUAAAUUAUGAAUCAUAUCACUAAUAUUAUUAUUAUUAUUAUGUAUUUUUAUUUUAUUUUUUAUGUAUUAACACAUUGAUUCCUCACUUUUUAAUGUCCAACUUAUGUAAUACAUAUUAUUGUGAUUUGUUUGGAAUUCAUCCAUGCCCUUUUAUUUGGUUACAUAAUCUAUUCUC